AUGUUGGCGAAGCAUGGCUUCAUCUCUGCCUUGGGACGAUUGACUUCUCACUCACCUUCUUCUUCUUCUUCAAGUGUGCUCAGAAGACAAGAGUUUUUGGUUCGAACGCUUUGUGGGUCACGAAUCCAUCGACCCAAGCUCAUCAGAGCAAUGAGUUCCACAUCGGAGGCUGACGCUGAGAAUGUCCUGAGAAUCGUGACGCCAUCGCUCGACCCCAAACGACACAAAGGCCAAGCUGGGAAGAUAGCUGUGAUUGGAGGAUGUCGUGAAUACACAGGAGCUCCAUACUUCGCCGCCAUUUCAGCUUUGAAAAUCGGUGCUGAUCUGUCUCAUGUCUUCUGCACCAAAGACGCAGCUACUGUUAUAAAGAGCUAUAGUCCUGAGCUUAUAGUUCACCCUGUUCUUGAGGAAUCCUAUAGCAUCAGUCAAUUCAGUGAGGAAGAGAAAAGAAAAGUCCAGGAUAAAGUGCUCGGUGAAGUCGAUAAAUGGAUGGAAAGAUUUGAUUGCCUUGUAAUUGGUCCUGGUUUGGGAAGGGAUCAAUUUCUUCUGGAAUGUGUCAGUAAGAUCAUGGUUCUUGCCAAAAAGGUCAAUGUUCCUUUUGUUGUAGAUGGGGACGGACUUUUUCUUGUAACAAAUUCCAUUGAGCUUGUCAAGAGCUAUCCGUUAGCUGUCUUAACUCCAAACGUGAACGAGUAUAAGCGUUUGGUUCAGAAAGUACUGAAUUGUGAAGUUGAUGAACAGAAUUCUGAAGAUCAGCUACGUUCUUUGGCCAAACAGAUUGGUGGCGUCACGAUUCUGAAGAAAGGGAAAUCUGAUCUUAUAAGCAACGGGGAGACAGUAAGAUCAGUGGGCAUAUAUGGCUCACCAAGGCGCUGUGGUGGACAAGGCGAUAUUCUCUCUGGGAGUGUCGCAGUGUUUCUGUCAUGGGCGCAACAGCUUAAAUCAAGUCCUGAAAGUUCCUUAGAGAAUCCAGCCAUCUUGGGAUGCAUAGCAGCAUCGGGCCUGCUGAGAAAGGCUGCAUCUCUGGCUUUUACAAAACACAAGAGAUCAACUCUCACAAGCGACAUUAUCGAAUGUUUAGGGGAGAGGUAUGGAUUUCUUUCUUACUGA